UCAAGCGUUUAUUACUGGGUAUAAACACUGGAACACGUUGACGCACACGUGCCGAUUUCCAUAUACUGACCUACCCCAGUAAGUCGAAGCCAGGAAUAAUAUACCCGGUUUUUUUCAGGGGCGUAGCUACGAAAACAGUAGAAUGCGAAUCUAACAGGAGGUAACGCAUGAAGACAGAUCACAAAAUAAAUAUGGCCAUGAAUGGAACCAGAGCGACUGGAGUAAGCAAUAAUGAUGAGGAUCAGAAGAAACCUUUCAUCAUCACUAGGAUGUUCAAUAAGAUCACAUCCUCAAUGGAAAAUGGAUUUUACAUGCUUGGAAUGCUGAUUGGCACCCACCCUUUUAAGUGUGUGGUGGUGAGUGCGUUUGUGGUGGGCAUAUUUACUCUUGGUGUGAUCAACUUCACGGAAAACACCGAUUCCGAUUCCCUCUGGGUACCGUCAGAUGCUGAUGUAUUCAAGUACAAAAACUGGGCAUCUGAGAAUUUCCCUAGUACUCUACGCACUGCCAGCAUUAUAUUUGUUUCGAAUGAUGUCUUGAGUACAUCAGCUGUUCAGGCAAUGAACAGUCUAUACAAAAGUAGUCUUGGAUUGACAACGUCAUCAGGGAAAAACUACACAGAAAUCUGUUUUCAAUCUGGCUCCAACUGUUUAGUGAACAGUAUCCUUGAAUUGUGGAGCUUCAAUGAUGCCAGUAUAACCGGGGCAAGUAGAACUGAUAUCGUCAACACAAUCAACACUGCCACAGUGAGCCCUAUGUAUGGUAGGCCGUAUGAUUUUACUACAGCCCUGGGUGGCAUCACCUACAGUUCAGGCACAACUGUCGGCUCUGCUAUGGCAGCUAAAAUGGUCUUCUUUCUGAAGGGAGAUAGUGCAAACAAAGCUGAAUCAAUGGACUGGGAAACCAAGAUAGUAAACCUGGUACUGAAUGCAAAGGACAGUUCUAUUUCUGAAUACUACAUCCUAGCCACAAGGAGUUUUUCCGACGUGGCAGGAGAUGCCAUUAGUGGUGAUGUUUCCUUACUCAGUGCAGGUUAUAUGAUAGUAAUAGUGUAUGUCGUCAUCAUCCUCGGCAGAUUUAACUGUCUAGAUUUCGGGCUGGGUAUUUCGGUGUGCGGCAUUCUAGUGAUCGGAUUGUCGUUAGGUUUCUCGUAUGGACUGGCGUCUGCUGCUGGCUGGAAUUACACACCUCUACAUUCAGUGCUCCCUUUCCUCCUGUUAGGUAUCGGAGUGGAUGAUCUGUUUGUGAUCAUGGGUGCCUACAAAAGCCUGCCUGAUGGGUAUUCUGAACGACCUGUCCAUGAGCGAAUGGCUAUGACCCUGAAGCAUGCAGGAGUGUCCAUCACCGUCACAUCCCUCACAGACAUGUGUGCUUUUGGGAUAGGUGCUACAACAGUACUGCCCGCCCUACGCUCCUUUUGCGUGUUUUGUUGUCUCGGUAUACUGGCCCUCUUCCUGUUGGCGGCUACUUUUUUUGUUGGCUGUAUAGCUCUGACUGCUAAGAGACGCGAUGAUGACAGGAAUUCCUGUAUAUGCUGCUAUAGACACAAUGCUUACUAUCAACCAAAUGAAUGCAGUAAAACAGAAUUGUUUGUCACAGCAGUGAAGAAGUUUUACGCACCUAAUCUGAUGCGUUUACCUGUGAAGAUAGUAGUUAUGGUUGUGACUGCCAUCUUCCUGGGCUUUGGUAUUUGGGGCUUUGUGGUGCUGAAGCAGGAAUACAACCCAAUUUGGUUCAUCCCGAGCGACUCAUAUCCCUACAAGUAUGACAGUGCUAGUAACCUAUACUUCAAUACCGGUGCUCAGGCAGCAGUCUACUGCAAAAGCAUAGAUUACUACUCAAAACAGACCCAGUUUGAUUCCCUGUACAACCAAAUGACUGGUAGCAAAUUCAUAUCCUCAGGGUCCACUGACAGCUGGUUCAAAUCCUUUACCGACUGGCUCAGCAGUACAUCAACCGCCUCAGUCACCUCCAGAUUAGAUUCUAAUAAAUAUCCGAGUUCCUCAGCAAACUUCUAUGACCUGUUGUAUGAGUUUGUGACGACUGAGGCGACAGGACUACGUCACAGGUCUGAGUUAGUGUUUACCAACACGUCGGGAGUUCUUGGAGUGUCUGCAUCCUACAUCAAAUACACCCACGUAGUGUUAACAGACUCGACAACUAAAAUCGAUGCUAUGGAGAACACACAGAGUAUUGUGUCGGCACAGUUUCCCAAUGACAACUGUUUUGCAUAUGGCAGAUUGUAUUUACAGUGGUACACAAACAAGGUUAUCCAAGUGGAGCUGUACAGGAAUCUCGGACUAGCUGUUCUCUGUGUGUUUAUAGUAUGUCUGGUCCUCAUUGCCAAUCUCUUCACCAGUCUCAUGGUCCUAUCCUGUGUCCUGUUCACGUUGGUGGACGUUGGUGGGAUGAUGCACUUCUGGGGUUUGACCAUUGACACAGUGACCAGCAUUAUCCUUAUCCUAGCUAUUGGUCUGGCUGUAGACUACUCUGCUCACAUUGGUCACUGCUUCAUGACAUUUAGUGGCGACAGAAAUGCCCGAGUUCGUGGUACUCUGGUGGAGAUGGGAAGUCCAGUGUUCAGUGGGGCUUUCAGUACCUUCCUGGCUUUCAUCCUCCUAGCUGCCAGUAACAGCUAUGUUUUUACUACAUUUUUCAAGGUGUUUCUACUAGUGGUAGUGUUUGGGGUGUUCCAUGGACUUGCCUAUCUUCCUGUUUUACUGAGCUGGAUCGGACCGUCGCCAUAUUUGAGUGCUGAACGUGAGGAGAGAGGUCCGGGGGAGGUGGAACUUAAAGUUACAGCAGCUGACCUUAAAUCACGCUCAUCUUUACAUGGAGAAAUUAAUCCAGCUAUGGAAGAUAAGCACGAUCUCCAUUUGUCAAAACCACCACCUUCAUCAAAUCAUCUUUACAAUUCCGCGGAAGGCAUUAAGGGGAGAGCGGAGCCACCACCUGAUUACAGUCCCGAGGUUGUGCGCCGCCCCACAAACAUGCCUGUUACAGCCAUUCCCAUCAACUAUCACAGACAUGAUCCCAUUUCAAACAUUCCGCCAAUGCACUACUAUCGGGGACGUGAGAGAUUUCUUAAUCGGCCAUCGCAUUAUCGUCCCCAGGACGAGUACAGUUAUUGGUAUAAUAAUAGUUAUCCUUAUUACCAUGAUUAUAACAAUCAAUAUCAUUUUAACCAAUAUUAUUAAUGUUUUAAUGAGGGUAUCUGUCUACUAUAUGCAUAGACCAGGGAAUCAGAAAGUCAUAUUUUGAUGAAAAUAACAUAUGCUAGUACAUGUAUGUUUAUUUUACGCACCAUGUCAAUCAAAUCAUUCCAACUAUAAUUCAGUGUUCUAUUUCAGAUUGCUCACUCCAAUAAUUUUUUUUUGUACUUAUUUUGUUAUAUAUUGGUGAUUAAGAUGAAAAAUGUAUCCACGCAGGUAAUCUGACAAUAUCGUUUUUUAUGUGUUCCACUAAUCAUGAUUUCUAUCUCGGUCAUUCAAAUUAACAUAUUUUUCAUAGGUCUUCUGGUUAUCGAAACCAUUGAUAAAUUUAGAUUGAAACUUGGAUAUGAUGACUUUGACUAGUAAGGUACUGUUUGCAAUGUGAUUCUUGAACUAUAACUUAUACGUAUAGGAUCUAGGAUAUAUCCUCACAAGUCAUCGUCUGUUUAAUUGAUACAACUAGAUAAAGACAGUGUAAUGUGAAACAUGUGAGUUUUUUUUAUAUAUUGAAUAUAACGCGAGAAAUGCGAUUAUUGUACGUUGAAAAUCGGAAGGUAAUAAUUAUCGGUACGUUGAUAAUGAAGUGUCAGGAAGCAAUCAUCAACAUCUCCUUUAAUUGUAACUUAUUUUACAACAAUUACGAAAAAAGUUGUAUCAACUUGAAGUAAUCACGCUUGGAAAACCCAAUUGGUCAUUUUUGAUUUGAGCAGCAUUUGUUAAAUUGUCAUUGGAAAUAAUUUGAACUAACAAGAAUUAUCAGGAUGGGGUGACAGUUUCAUGAUAUGUACAUAUCAGCCGAAACUGAUCCCCAGAGGCUGAUAGGCGGGGCAAAUUUGGCUAAAAUAUCACAACUCGGGUGAUAUUUUAAGGGCCUCUUGUUAUUUAGGAGCAUUGAUUUUGUCUAAAUGUGUUGAAUCUCUUUUUACAUAUUGAUUUUGCGGUUAACAUAUUGCAUUCACUGUAUUUCUAAUUCUAAAAGAAUACGUUUUCUUUUUAAUCAUACUCUAUAUAUAGUCCUAGCCUUAUUUAAUGAAAUAUUUUUACUGUAGAAGUUUAAAUUAUUGUGCUGUAACAUUAAAAUGUCAUAUUAUUAAUAUCUUCUUGCCAUUUCCGAUCAUAUUCCAUUGUGAAUGUAAAAACCAUGAUGAAUAUUUACUUUGUGCUAUGGUUUAACGGCCAACUUCAUCAAAACCUUUGUAGGAGAUUAUAUAAUCUGAUAAAGCUUUAAGUAAAAUUGUGUUGGUAAACUGCUCACGUGCCAUUAAUUGUUUUUAUACGCCAGAGUCGUCUGAUAAUAAACACAUACUCCAUUUGUGUCCUGUUGACAUUGAAUGUGUUAGGUUCACUCAUAUUUCACUUAAAAUAGAUUUGGUACAUUUUCUUUUUAUCUAAAGAUAUUCAGAACACUCUUUCGCAAUUCCUUGAUAAUUAAAAGGGUUUCGUUAAUUUUGUUUAUUAAAAUAUUGUGAGAUAGCUGUAAUUGACCAUUUUUGAUGUGGUUUUUAUUGAAAACCUGAAUGUAACCAGUUUUAUUAAAUCUACGUAUGGUUUGGUGUCAGAAUGAUUAUAUUUGGGAACAGUAUGUUAAAAUCUGUGACGAUCAUUUUGCUAUUUAAAGUAUUACCAUUGUGAUGUAUAGAAUCCUACCUCUGUUUUAAUCUAGAUAAAACAAAUCGUCAGGACAUUUUUAUAAGAAGCUCGCUGAUAUGAAAAAGAACAUUUAAUUGAUGCGUAAUGAAUCUCAUUUGAAAUGACACCUGUGCUAAUAUAUCUAUAUAUCUUGAAGCUUUUGUUGUUAUUAUUAAUAUAUGUAAAUUUACAUGGCAUGUUUUCCUAUUUUCGUUACUUGAUGAGAUAUUUGAGGUGGUGUAAAAUGACAAAAAAUGCCAGUUUUUGCCAGAGAUUAUUUAUGUCAUCGUUUUUUUGGAAGUAAAGUAUUAAAUUAUCAGAAAAAAA